AUGAAGGAAUCCGAAGAUCCCAAGGAUUGCGGUCCCGAAGAGAUGACGACGGAAUUGGAAUCAGCUGAGCAAGAGGUCAACGAUUUUACGACCGAUUUGCCUGAGUAUUGUGAUGAAUCUUUUAGUAUUCAAGAUUCUUUGGUGGCUGGAGAUGAUCAGCAGGAAAGCGAGCUGAGUUGUGUAGUGAAUGAUGAGUUAGGAAAAACUCUGCCAGAUAGACAUAAACCUUUUGCUGAAAUGAGUAAAGCUGCUGAAGUUACAGGAGUCACCAUUGUUAAGACUUCAAAAUGUUAUUUACUUGUUGAUUAUUCUUCUUCUGACGAAUCAGUAAGCCUAACAGAUGCUUCAAUGGCUGCAAAUGAGGAUAGUGAGCUUGAUCUGUGUCGGGUAUUGAAUGAUGAGUCAGGAAAGACUCGGCCAGAUAAAACAUCCACUCUAAGGAAAGAUGUGCAAGGAAAGAAAAAGUUUUCAUUAUCCAAAGAAGAAAAUAAGAAAGAAGAAGAAAAAGAGGCAGAAAGAAAACGUAAAGAAGAAGAAAAGAGAAUUAAAGAGGAAAAUAAAGAAGCUGAAAGGAAGAGAAAAGAAGAGGAGAAGAAACGAAAAGAAGAAGAAAAGGAAAAUGACAAAAAGGGAAAAGUUGAGGAACGGAAGAGAAAAGAAAAAUUUGCUCUAAAAUACGUGAAACAUGCCCCUGAUUUUCGAACGGAAUUUGAUACUUCUAGAAAGAAAUACUUGGAACAGAUUCUGGAAAAGUCAGAUUCUGAACCUUCAGUUGAUUCAAAUCUUCGCCAGUAUAGAGAAAAGAAAGGAAGAAGUUAUGGUGCUACUUGGCCACUCAAGGAUAAUAAUGUUGGAGUGAUUGACGAGGACGAAGCGGAAGCCCCCAUCAACAACGAAACCAUUGUAACGAUCGUCCAUCCAGUCCCUCAUAGAAUGCGACCCAAGUUAGUCCAGUUUUGGGAAAAUCGUCGUCCUGCCUAUUGGGGAACCUGGAGAAAAUCGAGUAAUACAGUGGGUCCAAGACGUCCUUUCGGCAAAGAGAUCACAUUCGAUUACGAUGUCGAUUCUGAUGAUGAAUGGGAGGAGGAAGUUGAACCGGGCGAAUCUUUGACCGAUUCCGAAGGUGAAGGCGAAGAAAAUGAGCCAGCCGACGAAUAUGAGGUAGACAAUGAAUUCCUUGUACCCCAUGGAUACUUGAGCGACGAAGAAGGAGAGGAGGAUGAAGACGAGAGAGCGCUAUCCCCGUCUGCAGCCAAAGAUAAACUAAAGUUAAAGGAAGAGCAAUUUGAGAGAGAGUUGAAGAAGAAGACGUGUUAUAUCAAACCCAGCUUGAUCGGUUGUUGCUGGUCGGAUGACUUUAACCCUAAUCCGCAGCAUCUUAAAGUUCUUGAGCGCUACGCACCGAUUGUAUUGUCUUCAACACUGCCGAUAGAACUGAAAAGUGAGGGUGAGGAGUCGGAUGACAACAUCAACAAGAAAUCGACUAAACGCUUAGUCAAUGAAAAGGAUAUACCUGACCUUAUUCGCGUACUUCAUGGAAGCUUAUACGGUAAAUCCACGAUUGUUCAAGAGUUUCAGUUGCAUUUGGAACGCAAUAGAGCCGGACAAAACCAGAAUGGUCCAUCCCAGAAGCAAAUAUUGGCCAAAAUUUCUGAAAUUGCUUCAUAUAGCAGAUGUACAGAAGCCGGAGCAAUGAGUGGAAAAAUUUGUUGGCUCGUGCAACCAAGUGUUCUUGAGCAUUACAAUCUCGCUGAAUUAUCUGUCAUUAAUGCUUGGGAAUUCGCUACCGAGACGAAAAAGCGAGGACGUAAGGCCUACGACUCUAGAUCUGAGGAGGACAUCCCACUAGCAAAGAUCCCGCGCGUGUCGCCCAUUAAACAAUUUGAUCAGCCAGCUAGUUUACCUGCUAACAGAGUUUCUUCAUCGCAGGAGAACGAGCUUCCAAAAUCGGGGAAAGAUUCAAAUGUGCCAGCUAAGCAACCAAUUUUCUCAACUCCUAAAGGGAAGAAAACGCAUCUCGUUGAUAAGUCUCCCAACAUCUGCAACCAAGAAACCCAAGAGUGAUACUAAAACAACUCCAUUAACCAAUUUCUUAAAGAAAAUGAGUGCAAAGAGGCACUGUCCAAAUUAUCAGAGAAUAUUGACGACUCAUUGGAUGGGAUCAAAUGUUUUACUUUUGAGUUAUUUGUGUCGUUCCUUUCGAGUAAUUUUAUGUUUAGAGCAUGUUUUUUUCCCCUGCAAAAUUUAUAUGUUGAUAUAUGGGAUGUAUCUUUUUUUCUGUAACCGUUGCAUACACCUAAAUUUCUAUUACACGGAUGAAAUAUA